GGUAACCAUGUUUCUCUCGUCCUCUCUCUGUCUCAAUAUAACCAAAGGUACAGCUUGUGCCGACUGCUCUCUCUCCUUCUCUGAUACAGAGAUGGCGACUGUUCAAAGUGUUCUCAAUCAACCAAGGAUCAGAAGUAGCCCACUCAGUUCUCCUUGGAUCACAGACAAGCAUGAAAUCAGAUGGGUGAUGAGGGUGAGAUCGAUGAGUCAGAAGCAUCCACUGAGCUCCAAGAGGAGGUCGGUGGUCAGGGCAGUCAUCAGCAAAGAUCAAGAGGUAACAGUAGUUAACAGUGAGUCGACAGGAGCUAAGAUGGUGGAUGUGAAGGCGGUGGUGUCUAUCAGGAAGAAGAUUAAGGAAGGGAUUGUAGAGAUGAUCGAGGACCAGUUGGAACUGUUUCGUAACGGAUUCGGGCAGGGGAUCACUCUUCAGCUUGUGAGCAAUGAAGUAGAUCAGGAAACAAAUGGAACAAAGAAGAGCGCAGAGGUAGCCGUCAGGGGCUGGUUGCCUAAGCACUCACACCGCCCAAAUAUUCUGGAGUACACAGCUGAAUUCAAUGUUGAUCCUGAUUUUGGCCUCCCUGGGGCGGUCAUUGUUACCAAUCUGCAUGAUAAGGAAUUCUACUUGGUGGAGAUCAUGAUCCAGGGAUUUGAUGAAGGUUCCAUUUUCUUCCCUGCAAAUUCUUGGGUUCACUCACAGCAUGACAAUCCAGAGAAAAGGGUCUUCUUUUCUAAUCAGGCAUACUUGCCUUCACAAACACCCAGUGGUCUUAAUGAACUUAGAAAGAGUGAGCUGGUUAGCAUCCGCGGGGAUGGCCAGGGCGAGCGUAAGCAAUUCGAAAGGAUAUAUGAUUAUGCUACUUACAAUGACUUGGGAAACCCGGACAAGGAUAUUGAACUUCUUAGGCCAGUUCUGGGUGGGAAGGAGAGACCCUAUCCCAGACGAUGCCGCACCGGUCGGCCUCCCACAAAGUCAGAUCCUUUGUCAGAGAGUAGGGUUGAGAAGCCUCAUCCAGUGUAUGUUCCCCGAGAUGAAAAUUUUGAGGAGAUAAAACAGGGCAGUUUCUCUGCUGGGCGGCUCAAAGCUGUCCUGCACACUUUGGUGCCAUCUAUAGCUGCUGCACUCUCUCGACACGACAAUCCGUUUUCAUGCUUCUCUGACAUUGACAAGCUGUACAAUGAAGGCAUCACUAUAAAGCAUGACCAGGACCAGGGAAUUUUUGAGAGCUUAUUGCUUCCCAGGGUUCUAAAGGGGGCUGCUAAUGCUAGCAAGCGGCUGCUGAAAUACAAGACUCCUGCUGUAAUUUCCAGAGAUAAAUUUGCAUGGCUGCGUGAUAAUGAAUUUGCUCGUCAAACAUUGGCUGGUGUAAAUCCUGUGAAUAUUGAAAGACUGAAGGAGAUUCCAAUUCUCAGCAAAUUAGACCCAACAACGUAUGGUUCUCCUCAGUCAGCGAUUACUGAGGAGUUACUUGAACGAGAAUUACAUGGACUAACUGUUGAACAGGCAAUUGAGGAGAGGAGACUCUUUAUACUCGACUACCAUGAUAUACUCUUGCCUUACAUGAAAAGAAUGAAUUCUUUGGAAGGAAGAAAAGCUUAUGCAUCACGGACUGUCCUUUUCAUAACCGAGAGUGGUACACUGAAACCAAUUGCUAUCGAACUCAGCCUUCCCCCUACCUCAUCCAUGCCAAGGAACAAACAUGUCUAUACCCCCGGUCACGACGCAACAAGCCACUGGACCUGGAAAAUGGCCAAAGCUCAUGUCUGCUCAAAUGAUGCUGGUGUCCACCAAUUAGUAAAUCACUGGUUGAGGACCCAUGCAUGCAUGGAACCUUAUAUUAUUGCAACUAACAGACAGCUGAGCUCAAUGCAUCCCAUCUACAAAUUGCUGCAUCCUCACAUGCGGUAUACUUUAGAAAUCAAUGCUUUGGCUCGACAGAGUUUGAUAAAUGGAGGUGGAAUUAUUGAAGAAUGUUUCAGUCCAGGAAAAUAUGCUAUGGAGCUGAGCUCAGCUGCCUAUAAGGCCUUGUGGCGAUUUGACAUGGAGGGAUUACCUGCAGAUUUAAUACGAAGGGGCAUGGCUGUGGAGGAUCCUUCAAGCGCCCUUGGUGUGAAGCUUGUUAUUGAGGACUAUCCAUAUGCUGCAGAUGGACUUCUUAUAUGGUCAGCCAUUAAAGAUUGGGUUGAAGACUAUGUUUCACACUUCUAUUCAGAACCAGGCAGCGUUAAGUCUGAUACGGAGCUUCAAUGUUGGUGGGAUGAGAUAAAGAACAAAGGCCAUCCUGAUAAGAGGAAUGAGCCAUGGUGGCCUCAACUGAACACCAAAGAGGACUUGUGUGGAGUCCUCACCACAAUGAUCUGGGUGGCGUCUGGGCAGCAUGCAGCCGUGAAUUUUGGCCAGUACCCAUAUGGAGGAUACAUGCCGAAUCGUCCCACACUUAUGAGAAAACUAAUGCCAAGAGAGGAUCAGCCGGAGUUUGAAGAUUUGCUUCUGGACCCUCAAGCAACAUUGCUUGCAUCACUACCAACUCAGGUUCAAGCUACAAAAAUCAUGGCUGUCAAGGACACAUUAUCAACACAUUCUCCAGACGAAGAGUAUUUGGGUCAAGUGCAACCCUAUCACGCCCAUUUUACUAACGAGCAAAAGAUCCAGUUGGCAUUUGACAGAUUCUCAGCAAGGAUCGAGGAGAUAGAAGAGAUCAUCCACAGACGGAACAAAGAUACACGUCUUAAGAACAGAACUGGAGCUGGAAUUCCUCCUUAUGAGCUACUACUACCUACAUCAGGCCCUGGUGUGACUGGUAGAGGAGUUCCCAACAGUGUUUCCAUCUGAUGGCAUUGUGUACAUUCUUUGUUUUUAAAUUGUCCCAUUUGCAUAUACAGAACUGGAGUACUUUAACUUUGUAUUGAGCCUUGUAAGCUUGCAGCAGAUUGAUGGAUGAGGAAGACUUAAAAGUGGUUAACUUGAACGA